UCCAAAACCGCAGUUCAUAUUCGGGUUUGGAGGGAGACCGGACUCUACGAGUUUGACCCGAAAAAAAUCCUAUCCUUAUCCUCCAUGACACUGAUUAUCCGGCCUGCGGGGAGAGAGCAUCGCUCUGACUAACAAAAAAAUGUCUUCCUCUUGGCCUCUAUUUUCUCCAGUCAAUUUCAGCCUACUUUCUCCAACAAAGCUCACUAAACUCCAUCACAGACCAGUCGUCUCCGCCGUUCCGCCGCUUUCCACCUCCUCCGACGUUUCUUCCGUUACCGCAGCCUUCGAUGGUACCACAAUUGCCUUCGUCGGCGGAGGCUCCGCGGCUGCUCUGGCAGCCCUGCUUUCUCUGGCAGACCCCGAGAGGCGGCGGCAGAUUCAGGCUGAAGAGGUCGGCGGCGGAGACAAGGAGGUGGUGAAGGAGUACUUUAACAACGACGGGUUCCAUAGGUGGAAGAGGAUAUAUGGAGUGGGCGACGACGUGAAUAAGGUCCAGCUGGAUAUCAGAUGGGGGCACUCGAAAACCGUAGAGAAUGUGAUGAAGAUGUUGACCGACGAGGGUUUUCUGAGGGGAGUAACCGUCUGCGACGCAGGAUGUGGGACCGGGUGUCUGUCGAUUCCAUUGGCCAAAGAAGGCGCCAUUGUAUCGGCGAGUGAUAUUUCAGCUGCUAUGGUUUCUGAAGCCAAGGAAAAGGCUGAAGAAGAACUUUCAAAGAGAAGAGACGGUGAUAAGCUCCCAACAAUGGUGAUGCCCAAGUUUGCAGUAAAGGAUUUGGAAAGUCUAGAGGGGAAGUACGAUACUGUUGUGUGCCUGGAUGUGUUGAUACAUUACCCACAGAGCAAGGCAGAUGCAAUGAUAGCUCAUCUUGCAUCUUUGGCUGAGAAUCGCUUAGUUCUAAGCUUUGCUCCAAAAACAUAUUAUUAUGAGAUCUUGAAGAGAAUAGGUGAGUUCUUCCCUGGGCCUUCAAAGGCUACAAGGGCGUAUUUGCAUGCUGAAACUGAUGUAGAGCAGGCUUUGGCAAAGGUGGGGUGGAAGAUAAGGAAGAGAGAUUUAAUUACAACGCGAUUUUACUUCGCACGGCUUGUUGAGGCUGUCCCUGCUGGUUAGGUUAUUAUUAGGAGCGCAAUGACAGGUCACAGGUCCUAAUAUCAAAUUAUGUUUUUAAUUAUGCCCUUUCCUUAAUCUCUCUAAGAUAUGGUCAUUAUCAAAUACGGAAUAUCAAUUGUGCUGGGAUGAUCUAAUAGAACUGUAAAUUACAGGAUCUGCAGAGUCCAUUGUAGAUGAGACGAUUUUGUGAGAAGUAUAUUCCGUUUUUUAAUCUGUGGAAUUGGAGCAGGCAGGAAGAAAUGUAAUGUGUAAAAUGAUGUGAGAUUAUGUUGUCCAUGACCUUCUCGGUAUCUCUACUGUUUAAUGUGAUAGUACUAAGAUUUGAAUCAAUUAAAGCUUGGAUCGGACCAAUGUGAACAAUUUCUGUGUUUAAAAACGGUAUGGGGUGAUGAUGAUGAUAAAAACGGUUUUACGUUCUUGAUU